AUGCUUAAAUAGAGUAGAUCAAAAGAACAAUCUCUUGGUAAAUUGGUAUUUUUAUAUACAUAAUAUUCAGAUGAAGAUAUAUGUUGCAUAAAUGCUACUCAAUUCAGGUGUUAGUAGUUGUCAAGAAUAAGGAAUCAAUCUUCUGGCUGAAUUUUUGAUAAAGGGUAAUAUUAAUUAACUAUAAAAAAGUGAUACGUAAAGUGGGUUCCAAUUCUAGAAGAUUGUAUGAAUUACAAGGUAGAUAAGAAGGAGAUAUUUUUCAUGUAUUAAUGGCACUUGAUUAAUUGAGUGUAACAUGUACAUCUUUGUUACAGCAUUUCAAAAAGAAUAACAAUAAUAGUGAUUUAUCACUUAAUAGAUUACUUACUUAAGUUAUGGAGUCAAUAUACAAAGAGAAAUAUAAUUCAUAAGAAAUUGAUGAACAAAAUAAUUUAAGGCAAAGAUGUUAAUUAUCAAUUUAAUCAUUGAAUCAACCUUCAACUAAUACAUGUUCCUUAAAUACAUUAUUAUAUGCUCCAGUUAUUUUUAAGAAUGAAAAAGUAUAGAAAUAAAGGAAGGAGUUGACUGAGAAAUAAUUGAAAGAGGAAAAGAGAAAAUAUUAAUAUCAAUUAGAUGAAGAUUAAUUUUCAAAAUUAUUGGGAAAAAAUAAAUAAAAAGAGCGCAAAUAAGAACUUGACUUAAAUCCAUAUAAUGCUCCUCUCAAACGCAAAUAAGCUAUAAAAGCAUUAGAUUAAAUGUUAUGAA